GUCACUUCCGCCGGGAGCGCGGAAUGGCUGAGGCUCCGCUCUAGUUUUUCUGCUUUCGCUUGUUUACCUACCUAAUUCUGACAGAUUUGGCUCUGAAAUGUCGGAUUCUCCAGAUUCCUCUUCAUCGCAACUGAAUUUAGCGGAUAUUGACGCAAUCGAUGACAAAGAGUUUGACAUUCCUCAAGUGGAUACUCCCCCCACUCUGGAGAGCAUCCUUAAUGAGCCUGAGGAUGAAGACGAAUCAUUUGUCCUGGAAGACACAUGUUUGCUCACCGCAGAGAACAUUGAUGCACACUCCUGUGAAACCACAUCCUUGGCCAGCUCUGACAGCGGUGACCGAUCACACCACCGACGGAGAAGACGGGCCCUGGACAGCAGUACACCCAUUCAUGGUUCUGUGCUCCGGCACAACAUCCUGAAGGGGAUCUCCGCCCAGAUGCUGUCUGCUGCUGACAAAGUUGAUGCUGGACUGCCAACAGCCAUAACAGUUUCCAAUGUCAUUGCUGUAGGGACUUCACAUGGUUUAGCCCUUGUGUAUGAUAUGACUCAGGCCCUGAGGCUCUGCCUCGGCAGUGUGGCAGCUGGGGUGGAGUAUGGCGCCGUGUCGGCCCUCAGCAUCAACUACGACUGCACACGGCUGCUCUGCGGAUUCGCCAAAGGACAGAUCACCAUGUGGGAUCUGGCCAAUGGAAAGCUGCUGAGGACUAUAAGUGAUGCCCACCCCCCUGGCUCCGCCAUCCUGCAUGUGAAGUUUACAGAUGACCCGACGCUGGCUGUGUGUAACGACAGUGGUGGCUCUGUGUUUGAGCUCACCUUCAGGCGAGUCAUGGGACUGCGCAGCUGUAAUUCACGCUGCCUCUUCAGUGGCUCCAAGGGUGAGGUGUGCUGUGUGGAGCCUCUCCAUGCCAGCCCUGAACUGAAAGACCACCCCAUUACCCAGCAUGCACUGCUGGCCAUGGCAUCCCUCACCAAGAUUUUAGUAAUUGGAUUGAAACCCUCUCUAAAGGUGUGGAUGACUUUUCCUUAUGGGAAGAGCGAUCCGGCCUGCGUCCCACAGCUUGCCUGGCAGUUUGUGCUGGUUCAGAAGGUGUCAAACCCCAUGCUGGCAUUUUGCAGAGGGGAAGCUGUUAGUUUCCUACUGGUAAAGAAGGAUGAGUUGGGAACGAUCCAUGUCAUCAAACAGAGACAGCUGCACUUGAACUGUGACCUCAUUAGUUUAACGUGGAUCAACUCGCGAACCCUGGUUCUACUAGACAGUGGGGAGCGGCUCCAUGUUGUCGACCGGCCCAGUCAGGUGGAACUAGAAAAUUUGGACCUGUCUGAAGUACAGCUGGUUUACAACAGCAGCCAUUUCAAGUCUCUUGCCACUGGGGGUAAUGUGAGCCAAGCUUUGGCCCUGGUUGGAGAGAGGGCGUGUUACCAGUCUGUCUGUUGCUAUGGCACUCAGGUCUUUUACCUUGGAACCAAGUCUGUACACAUGAUGACACUGAGAAACUGGCGAGAGAGGGUGGAUUUCCUGCUACAGCAGGAGAAGUUUGUGGAGGCGCUCUCCCUGGCAUGGUCAUUCCAUGAGGGCACUGCCAAAGCCGUCGUGGGAUUAUUUGGAGAUUCAUCUAAGAAGAAGAGUGUGGUGGCUGACAAGAUGGUGGAAAUACUUCUGCAGUAUGCAGAGCGUUCCUUGAAGAGGUGUCCUGAACAGGGCAAGAUCCAGGUGAUGGAGCAGCACUUCCAGGACAUGGUGCCUGUCAUGGUGGAGUACUGCCUGUUGCUACAGAGAACGGACUUACUCUUUGGCCAGAUCUACAGCCGCCUGGCAGAGAACUCUGUGGCCAGGGGCGUCUUCCUGGAGACCCUGGAGCCCUAUAUUUUGAGCGAGCGUAUUGGCUGCCUGACCGCACCUAUCAUGCGGGAUCUUCUAAGCCACUUCCAGGAGAAUGGCAUGAUGGAGAGCGUGGAGAAUUGCUUGGUCCACAUGGACAUCACUAGCUUGGAUAUCCAACAGGUUGUCCAAACUUGCUGGGAGAACCAGCUUUAUGAUGCCAUGAUCUACGUCUUCAACAGUGGGAUGAAUGAUUACAUCAGUCCUAUGGAGAAACUAUUCCAGAUGAUAGGUCAACCAUUACAAGAGGGCAAGGCUCUCACAGAUGAACAAGUAACAAUGGGCAACAAGCUGUUGGUUUAUAUAAGUUGUUGCUUGGCAGGACGAGCCUACCCACUUGGGGAUAUUCCAGAAGACCUAAUCCCACUGGUGAAAAACCAGGUGUUUGAAUUCCUGGUCCGCCUACACUCAGCCGAAGCCCCUGAGGAGGAGGAGGUGUACCCAUACAUCCACACACUGCUACACUUUGACACGCGAGAGUUCCUCAAUGUUCUUGCUUUGACUUUUGAGGACUUUAAGAAUGACAAGCAGGCCUUAGAAUAUCAGCAGCGCAUUGUGGACAUUCUGCUGAAGGUCAUGGUGGAGAAUUCGGACUUCACUCCAUCCCAGGUGGGCUGUCUGUUCACUUUCCUGGCAAGACAGCUGGCCAAGCCUGACAACACCCUGUUUGUCAACAGGAAGCUCUUUGACCAGGUUUUGGAGUUUCUCUGCAGUCCUGAUGAUGACUCCAGACAUACAGAAAGACAACAAGUGCUGCUGGAGCUGCUCCAGGUUGGGGGGGUGGUCCAAUUUAAUGAACAGAGGCUCCUCAGCUUGGCUGAAAAGGCAGAGUUCUACCAGAUCUGUGAGUUCAUGUAUGAGAAGAAGCACCUGUAUGAUAAAAUCAUCUUCUGCUACCUGAAGGACCCCAUGAGAAAGGAGGAGAUUUUCAAUUACAUCCACAAUAUCCUGUCCAUCCCUGGGUACAGCACAGAAGAGAGAGAGUUGGUGUGGAACGUAGUGCUCGCACACAUUCAGGAACUGGUAGCUAUUGACCCACUCAAAGCUGCUGAUCUGGUGAGCCUGCACUUUGCUGAAGAGGUGACUGCAAUCAUUGGCAGACUAGAGGGCGAUUAUUUGGUCUUCCAGUUCCUGAUGUAUCUUCUGGAACCCAGAGAUCGCCCACAUUCCCAGCCUUUUCUGCAGCUCAGCCCUGAAAUCUAUGAGCACCAUAUAAAGCUCCUGUGUCGCUUCAGUCCCCAGAAGGUCACCAGCUUCCUGAAGACUUCAGAGGACUACCGGCUGGAGGAGGCCAUCCAGAUCAGCCGAGAGCACAAUCUUCAUGAGGCCACUGCCUACCUAUUGGAGAGGAAAGGUGACAUUCAAGGAGCUUUCCAGGUGUUACUGCAGACCCUGGAGCACAAACUGGCUGCUGUGUUGCAGGACGAAGAAGGUUACCUGCAGGCGGACUGUCUUUUGCAGCUGGUGGAGCAAUCCCUAGAAGAUCUUACCUCUUUGUGUGACAGGAGCUCUCGCAUCCUCGACCAGCAGCAGAGAGAGGCCCUGUGGUUCCUGCUUCUCGAGGCGAUGAUGUCACCACAGAAGUGCCUGCGGGGACCAUCCUCACAUCACGCUUCAGUAGCCCUGAAGGAGCUAACCAUGAAGGUUGUUCAUAGCAUGGCCAGCUUCAUCGCAAUGCCGUCCAUAAUCCAGCGCAUCCUGCAGGAUCCCGUGUAUGGAAAGGGGAGGCUGGCCGAGAUCCAGGGACUCAUCCUGGGAAUGCUAGAGACCUUCAACUAUGAGAGGACUCUGCUGGAAAGGACUACCAGCCUGCUGAACCAGGACCUGCACUGGUCAUUGUCACAGCUGCGCACCGUAGUCAGCCGUGGCCUGCACCCCCGGCAAGACCACUGCAACAUCUGCCUGCAGCAGUACAGGCGGCAGCACGGUGCAAAGGAUGAGGUCAUCGUUUUCAGCUGUGGUCACCUGUACCACUACCAGUGUUUGCAGAGUAAGGCUUGUACCCUGGCACAGCAACAACUCGCAUGGAGCUGCUACAAAUGUUCCUCCAGUCAAGGGGGGCGUGGGGGCAACUGUGGCCCAGGGUGCAAUCAGGAGUACCCACAAACCCACAACACGUCACUUGCAGAGAUGAAGAUCAUGUCUGUGACCUGUUUGCCUGCUGAAGACCUGCAUGGGAAGGUGAACCCUGACACCACGCUGAAUGCCCAGCAGAGCCACUCCUGGGCCCAAUUACGCUGCAGCUACCGCGGCCCUUCAAGGCUGGCCCUGCUCACUGAGCUGUCUCGUUCCUGUGGCGCUGAGAGAUCCAACCUCACUGCUGCUAGUGUGUUUCACAGUGAGAGUUUCCAGCUACAGCUCUGCCCCCCACCCCUGGUGGAGGACUAGCUCCCUCCCCUGUUGGAUGUCAAUAAAAAAGAAUCUUUAAAUGAGUCCCUUUAUUAAUCCCCCUGUAUUUUUUUUGGUGUGAUGUAUCCAUGAAUCGUGGUUAUCUUUUCUCUCAUGUUUUUAUUUUGACAGCUGUAAAAUUAUGCCAUCCAGUCCUGGAUUUCUGUAACCUGUAUUAUCUUAAUCUUGUUUUUCCUGCUCUGCCCCUGGGGAUGUCAGAGUUAAAGAAAUCCAGAACUGAUAUGCACAGGCAGAUUUAUAGAGCCACCGCAUCAAAAGCGAUGGCACCAUGGACAGGUGCAAUGUAGAAAACAUUUCAGUCACGCUGAGGUUUGUAUAUAAUGGGAUACCAGAGGAACACCUGUUAGGUUUAGUUGAAUUUACUUGAGCAGCUUGAUGCUUCAGUUCAGUGAGGUUACAUUGCCUCUGAAAUUCUUGAUCACCUGUCACACACAGGCUUUAAUGCAUAAAACAUCUUGAGUCAGUGUUAUGAUGGUGCAGCAGUGAUGAGUGAAGUUAUAGGUGGGGUGCAGGCUAUAAUUCAAGGACAGCUGCUUUAACCACUAAUUCCAUUUACCUGUUGUGCAUGCGAUUAAAAGCAAACUCUGUGCCAAAAGGUUGCAGAUGAUGAGGAUGCCUCGAUCUGUGCAGAGCAGCAGCAGAACUUACAUGUCAACUUAAUAAAUUCUUUGUCACUGGCAA